UUACUUCACUAUUUGUUUACUGUAACACCCUGUGGAGUCUCUAAUCUUGAUUGCUUUAUUCUUCCUAUCCUGUCUGCACUAUGGGGGGUGAUUGAUACCUAGUUCCUGUGGUUGUGAAAGAUUCCAUACACACAUUUUUUCAAAUAACUUAAAUGUUUCUUAUUUUGAAGUCUCAGAAUUAAUAUAUGGGUAUUUAUCUUAUGUUUAGGAUUUUAUGAAAAUGGAAAAUUAUGAGGCAUUUGUAGGCUUUGAUCUCUCUAAGACCCCACUCUCCAGUGUUGCUCAGAAGAUUAUGUCUGCUAUGCAUUCAGUUGAUUUAGUGGAUUCUAGGAACUGGAGAGAGAAUGAAAAGACUGCAGGAGUGGAGAACAAAUGCAAUGAUAAGUAUUCAGGACUACUUGAGGAUGAGAAGAAUCAAUCACUGGAAAACAAGGAUCUUAAUUCUUUAACAAGCCAGACAUCAAGAGCUCCCACCAAGGCGUCUCCUCCGCCUUCCACAGCCAGGCCCGUAGAGCAGCUGUCUGCUGACCAGGGGCAGAAGAGCACCAGCUCCUUGCCUCUUUCCAGUCGUUUAAUUCCACAGGGAAAUCAGGAGGCUUCAGUUCUACAGAAAGCGGAACAUACAAGAAACUGUCUCCUAAAGGAACAUACAAAUAAUGAAAACAAGGAAAGCACAACUCUCAAAAGAAAACGUAUUACAUGCAGUAAUUCAUUAGAGAAAACAAGUAAACAUGUGGCAUUACGAGAAGAUGAUGAGGUUGAAUCCUACCUAAAUUCUGGGAACUCAAGAGCAUUUAAAAACUGUUUUUGUGAUAUUAGGUAUUUGGAAGAUUUUGAGAAAGUCCAACUGAUUGAAAUGCUCAAACAGGCAGCAGCCCUGGUGGUAACUCUGAUGUAUAAGGAUGGUUCAACCCAGCUAAGUACUGGCCGGACUCUAAGUUCCGCUAUUAAAGGAAUUGUAAUAUUACUAAAGGGCCAAGAGGAAGAGGGCAGCAGCCCUCCUUUGGCCCCCUCAGCCUUUGAUGGUGUUCCUGUGGAGGAGUUCCCUCCUGACGAGGGGUGCGUCUUCAUAAAAGUGGGGCAGUCUUCUCUCUGGGGCCAAGAACAAGAGGCCCAUCAUCAGUUUGCCAGAAAAUUAUUAUUUCAAAUGCUGAAAGGUGAAUGUCCCAUUAUUUGUUUUAAUGCUAAGGAUUUUGUGAGAACAGUGCUCCAGUUCUUUGGUGAUGAUGGCAGUUGGAAACAUGUUGCUGAUUUUGUUGGGCUAGAUCCCAAAAUUGCUGCGUGGCUCAUAGAUCCCAGUGAUGCCGUGCCUUCUUUUGAAGAUUUAGUUGCAAAAUACUUUGAAAAAUCCAUCACAGUUCAAGUGAACAGCACCUACGGAAAUUCCUCAGGAAAUACUGUGAAUCAGAACGUAUGUGAGAACCUGAGAAUACUCUACAGACUUACGAUGGACCUUUGCUCUAAGUUGAAGGUUUAUGGUUUGUGGCAACUAUUUUGUACUUUGGAACUUCCUCUGAUACCAAUUUUGGCAGUGAUGGAAAGCCAUAACAUUCAGAUAAACCAAGAAGAAAUGGAGAGGACCUCGGCACUCCUUGGGUCUCGUCUCAAGGAAUUGGAACAAGAAGCCCAUUUUGUUGCAGGAGAACAGUUUCUUAUAACGAGUAGUAAUCAGCUUCGAGAGAUUUUAUUUGGCAAGUUAAAGCUACACCUGCUAUGUGAAAGGAAGUCUCUUCCCAAAACUGUGCUGCAGAAACACCUGUCCACUUCAGAAGCCAUGUUAAAUGUUCUGCAAGAUUUUCAUCCAUUACCGAAGAUAGUUUUGGAAUAUAGGCAGGUUCACAAGAUCAAGUCAACCUUUUUAGAUGGAUUGCUAGCUUGCAUGAAAAAGGGCUUCAUUUCCUCUACAUGGAAUCAAACUGGAACUGUGACCGGGAGACUUUCAGCCAAGCAUCCUAAUAUCCAGGGUAUCUCUAAACACCCAAUUCAGAUCACUAGGCCUCAAAACUUUAAAGGUACAGAAGAUGAAAUCCUCAUGAUCUCUCCAAGGACCAUGUUUAUUUCUUCCAAAGGCCGUACCUUCCUGGCAGCAGACUUCUCACAGAUUGAAUUGCGCAUUCUUGCCCACUUAUCUGGGGAUCCAGAACUUUUGAAGUUAUUCCAGGAACCUGAAAGAGAUGAUGUAUUUUCAACCCUGACUUCACAGUGGAAGAACGUUCCCGCGGGCCAGGUGACGCACGCCUCCAGGGAGCAGACCAAGAAGGUGGUGUACGCGGUGGUCUACGGGGCAGGGAAGGAGCGGCUUGCUGCUUGCCUGGGAGUGAGUGUUCAGGAAGCGGCUCAGUUUUUGGAGAGCUUUUUGCAGAAAUACAAGAAAAUCAAGGACUUUGCACAAGCAACCAUUUCCCAAUGUCACCAGACAGGCUAUGUGACGUCCAUCAUGGGCAGAAGGAGAGCCCUGCCGCAGAUCUGGGCCCAGGACCCGCAGCUUCGGGCGCAGGCGGAGCGACAGGCAGUGAACUUCGUGGUUCAAGGCUCGGCCGCGGACCUCUGCAAGCUGGCCAUGGUCCACGUCUUUGCUGCGGUGGCCGCCUCCCCCACCCUGACGGCCAGACUGGUUGCCCAGAUUCACGAUGAGCUGCUGUUUGAAGUGGAGGAGUCACAGAUCCCCGAGUUUGCAGUGCUGGUGAGGGGAUGCAUGGAGUUCACGCAGCACAUGCAGGCGGCAGAGCUGCGGUUGCAGGUGCCCCUCAAGGUGAGCCUGCGCACGGGCCGCUCAUGGGGCUGCCUGGCCCUGCUGCAGGACGCCCCGCUGCAGGAUGCUCUCCCAGCUGCAGCCUGGCCGCAGGGGACCCCUGCAGCACCCACCCCCGGCACCAGCGGUUCUCACCUCCACUUGGCUGUCUGCGCCGCGCCCUCCGGCCCUGCCCAGGAGUAAAGUUCCUGCUCUGGC